CGUUCUGCACCUGCCAUCAUCACCGCGCCUGCUGUAUUCCAGGCCGCACACUGCAGUAUAUGCAGUCCAGCGAACUAAAGACCGAAUUUCAAGAGAAACACUCCUUUCAACAGGAUGGGAAUCUGCGUGCACUGAGCGUUCAGCCUGGCGGGUUUGGCGCGCGUCGAGCGGAGCUUUGGCCGAGAUUACUCGAUGCUCAGCCAUCCGAGAAAGCAGAUACUAAGGAGGAAGGGUCUACCGACGAACCGCACCCCGACGAACGACAGAUCCGGCUCGACACCGAUCGUAGCUUCGUCCUCUAUCCAGUAGACCCCUCAGAUGACAAGGCGCCCUUGCAAGAGGAGCUGCACCAACUCAUCGUGUCUAUCUUCCGUAAACGACGGAAGUUGAGCUACUUCCAAGGCUACCAUGACAUUAUUUCUGUCCUCUUCUUGACCCUGCCGGAAGACACGCGAUUCACAACCGCGGAGAAGAUGAGCCUGCACCGGUUAAGGGAUUCGAUGGGUGCAAGCCUUGAGCCUACACUAGGGCUGCUGAGAGUGACUCGCAAUCUCCUCCGAAUAUGCGACCCGCCAUACGCUGAGUUGCUUGAACGCAACGCGCCCCUGCCAUUCUACGCUCUUUCCAAUCUCUUGACACUGUUCGCGCACGACAUGCCUACUUUACCAUUGAUCCAGCAUGUGUUCGACUAUCUGCUAAGUCGAGAGCCCAUAGCAAUUGUCUACCUCUGCACCGCAGUGCUGCUGGCGAGAAAAGACGAAGUGCAUUGGCUGGAGGAGCAGGAUGAGGAAGGCAUGGUGCAUAGCCUACUCAGCAGUCUCCCGAACAUUACGGACGAGGAAGAUACCCCGAAGGCGCCACCAGAAGAGGACGAGUAUCUGCCGCUGGAGCCAGACGCUGGCGAGGGUGGUACACAAUAUGCAACAUAUCCUGUCCAAGCGGUCGACCCGUCAGAGGACGACGGCGAUGUCACCGUCGCUGCCUCGAUACCCCUCCCACCCUCCCGCCCUUCAAGCCCAACCAACCUUGUCGAGAACCGCAGCUCCACACCCCAAGGCCCGCCCCGCCCCACCAUCCCCCUCUCAUCCCUCCUUCAAACCGCCGACGCCCUCUACGCCCAAUAUCCACCCACGCACCCCGCCCUCCACCUCUCCUCCAUCAUGGGCCCCCAGUCCGUCAUCUUCACCUGGAACACCCACAUCCCCGACGACGACGCAGAGGCCAUGGUCGCCCGCCCCGACCUCGUCGUCUAUCCCGAGGUCGACGAGGAGCUCGAGGCGCGGAGAAAGGAGAGGGAGGCAGCGAGGGACGCGAAGAACCCGCGCCGAGCGAGGAGGAAAUUGCACAAGCGCUUCCGCGUAAGGGACCGAAGGGUGGUGAUGGUUGCGGGUGCGGUGCUGGUGUUGGGGGUUGCGAUGGCGGUGUAUGGGCAGAAGCAGGGGCAGAGGGGUGGGCUGUUGGAUAUGCUGAGGGAUUCGGAGAGCAGGCGGCAUUGGAUACAGCUUGGAGGGUGGGUAGGGGGAGCAGUCGCUGGUGUGGGAGAGAGGAUAUGGGGCAGGGGCUGAUCGAGAAAGGCCGCGCUACUCUAGGACGCUUUCUGCUCGCUGUCAGUGGUAGGAGUGUAAGUAUGUACGAUGACCACCUGCUAAAUUAUCUUCGGACGAUGUGACCAUUGCUGACGCUCAGAGCUGGUCAAGUAGCAUCUUUCUCGCUCCGGUGACUUGCCUUAGUCGACAGCGGCUCAUCUACGCCGCGCUCACCUUCAUUUGAGCGAAGUUGAACCGUUACUAGUCACGCCUUUGUCACGUUUGGUGCCCAAAUGGAGCCCCAUCAUGCACUCCAUCUUCCUCACUGCCCCUCGUUACCUG